CCUGAACCUUGAGAUUGUCGCUGCUAGCUUCACCUGGAGUAUAGAGAGUUUACACGACGGCAGAGCGAGGGAAGGACGCGCAACCCUGGAGUUUUAAGAGGAGACGUUAGUUCUUGGAGUUUUCCCCUUCACAAAAGGACGCUAUGAGCUGGGGCACGGACCUUUGGGACCAGUUCGAAAAUCUCGACAAACACACACAGUGGGGCAUUGACUUCCUGGAGCGCUAUGCAAAGUUCGUCAAGGAGCGUCUGGAAAUCGAACAGGUCUAUGCAAAGCAGCUACGAAGUCUGGUGAAGAAAUACUGUCCCAAGCGCUCCAAAGAGGAUGAGCCCAGGUUCACAUCCUGUCUGUCAUUCUACUCCAUACUGAAUGAGUUGAAUGACUACGCAGGUCAGCGAGAGGUUGUUGCCGAGGAGAUGGGGCACAAGGUGUAUGGGGAGCUGAUGAGGUACUCACAGGACCUGAAGGCAGAGAGAAAACAUCACCUCCAGGAGGGGAGAAAGGCCCAGCAGUAUUUGGACCAGUGCUGGAAACACAUGGACAAUAGUAAAAAGAAGUUUGAACGAGAAUGCAAAGAGGCUGAGAAAUCACAGAUGAUGUACGAGAGGUUAGACAACGAUAUCAACGCCACAAAAUCAGAGGUGGAAAAGGCAAAGUCCCAGCUGUAUCUGAGACAACACAUGGCAGAGGAGAGCAAGAACGAGUAUGCGGCCCAGUUGCAGAACUUUAACGGUGAACAGUGGAAGCACUUCAAUGUGGCCAUUCCUCAGAUAUUCAAGAACCUACAGGACAUGGAUGAGCGUCGGACAGUUAAGUUGGGGGAGACGUACCGGAGUUUUGCUGAAGUGGAACGAAGAGUCAUUCCCAUUGUCUCAAAAUGCCUGGAGGGCAUGGUGACCGCAGCUAAGAACGUGGAUGAGCGCAAGGAUUCUGCAAUUGUAGUGGAGUCGUUUAAGUCUGGUUUUGAGCCCCCUGUUGAUUUCCCUUUUGAGGACUUCAGUCAGAACAUCCAACGAACAGGGUCAGAUAGCACCAUCGGGACCCCAAAAACAGAGGGAGGCAAACCAGACCCCAAAACUGCGAUCAGCAGGACCAAAAACAAACUUUGGCUUUUUGGGAAGAAGCCCAAGCUUCCCCCAUCCAUCCCACCCCCACCCCUCCCAAGUUUUCCCUCUGGCCAUUUUCAGCCUCCUAAAUUCAAUACUGAGCGGAUAGCUAACCAUCUGUCUGAAAUGAGAAUCACAAAAGCUAAGAUCCCGUCCUUCCGAGCUUUGAAAAAAAGGGCACCAACACUUGAGGAUCUCAGCCACCUUCCUCCUGAACAGAGACGCAAAAAACUUCAACAGAGGAUUGAUGAGCUAAACAAAGAACUACAGAAAGAAAUGGACCAAAGAGAUGCUCUAAACAAGAUGAAGGAUGUCUAUGAGAAGAAUCCACAGAUGGGGGAUCCUGGAAGCCUCCAGCCUAAGAUUUCAGAGACCAUAUGCAACAUGGAGAAACUCCGCUCAGAGAUCCAUAAAAAUGAGUCUUGGCUAGCAGAGGUUGAAGGGAAGCAUGGUUCCCGUAGUGAGCGACGGCCCAGUGCAGAUGUGAACCACCAUGCACCCCAAGGCAGAGAGAGUCCUGAAGGCAGUUACACAGAUGAUCACAGUCAGGAGCAUCGGUCUCCACCUCAGCCAGAUCCACACGAGUUUGACGACGAGUUUGAUGAUGACGAUCCUCUCCCGGCUAUUGGCCACUGCAAAGCUCUCUACUCUUUUGAUGGCACUAACGAGGGCACGUUGGUGAUGAAUGAGAAUGAGGUGCUGUAUGUCAUAGAGGAGGAUAAAGGUGAUGGAUGGACACGGGUUCGCAAACAGAACGGGGUGGAGGGCUACGUCCCCACGUCCUAUGUGGAGAUUACACUGGAGAAAAACAGCAAAGGUGCAGUCACCUACAUAUGACAACACCCACGGCAGCUAGUUAUGACAUCACACAUGGGGAAGCAUGUGUAAGAUUUAUUGUGCCUCAUCAAGUGCAGCUUGACUGACUGCCGUAUGCUUUUGUUCACUGUGUGAGCCCAAAGACAAACACGCAAUCACACACACAAACACACUUUUUUAAGUGACUAUGUUGCUUCGCACUGUGACUUUGCUGCAGUGGAUUAUUCUAAAGAUGAGGCUACUUUCAUAGUAGGAUUGUAGAGAUUUUUAUUGCUUUUUAUUUAAUUUUAGUGCACUGUUAAUAUUUUUUUUUUAUCAUCUCAGAAUAUUUGGAACAAAACUGAACAAAAUCGCCAUCUUUUCAAAUGUUUUUUUUUUUUUUUUCCUGAGAGUUAAUCAGCUCUUUAAUGUUGAGAUUUAUGUAUGUUUGUAUGUACAUGUUGAAACUAAAUUACACUUUUCUCUGAGCCUCUCUUCACUGUUUUAUACAGUCCAGUUCUAUUUACAGUUCAUUUGAAUGAACUACAAGGGUGGAUACAGUGUGUACAUCUGAUUUUUCGAUCUAUGCAGAUUCUUCUACCUUUUUACGCAGUGUCAUUUGUUUGCCGUAAAAUUACCUUGAUUUUUAUUUUUUAAUUAUUUAAUCCCCCUUUCUCCCUAAUUUGGCAUGCCCAAUUCCCACUGCUUACUAGGUCCUCAUGGUGGCGGUUACUCACCUUAAUCCGGGUGGCAGAGGAUAAGUCUCAGUUGCCUCCACUUCUGAGAUAGUCAGCCCACGCAUCUUGUCACCAUGCUUGCUGUGCAUGACACCGCGGAGACUCAUGCUAUUCUCUGCGAUCCAUGCACAACUUACCAUUGAGCCCCAUUGAGAGCGAGAGCCACUAAUCGCGACCACGAGGAGUUUACCCCAAUUGACUCUAACCUCCCUAGCAACCCAAAUUACCUUAGCGGCAGACCUGUUUUGGUUGCAAAUAAACUUUUCUUGCAAGGUGCCACUCUUCUCUUUAAGCUUUUAGUGGCACAACUUACAUUUACAUUUAUGCAUUUGGCAGACGCUUUUCUCCAGAGCAACUUACAGUGCCCCUAUUACAGGGACAAACCCCCUGGAGCAACCUGGUGUUAAGUGCCUUGCUCAAGGACACAAUGGUGGUGGCUGUGGGGAUCGAACCAACAACUUUCUGCUUACCAGUUCAGUGCUUUAGUCCACUACACCACCACCACUCCACUUAAUUGCUUUUUUAUGUGUAAGCCAAGGUUAGAAGCAUAGACUCAAAAGAUCAUGUUUCGUCCAAGAAAAUCCACUACAAUAAUUGCUUAAAGGUGCACUCAGUAAUUUUUUCCUCAUUAAAAAAAUGUAUCUCCUCAAGACAUGAUUUGUAAUUUUGCAAUAUAUGUAGAAAAUCUUGAACACUCACGUUAAAAUGAAGACUCCAGUCAUAUCAGUAACCUUAUAAAAGCUGUUUUAUUCUACAUGGAGAGGGUCCGCACAUGGGGGCUGCCAUGUUAUCAUAACAUGACCAGCCGACUACUACUCGCUUAAUCUUAGUAACCAUACUGUUAUUUGACAUUUUCACUCAGAGUAAAGUAGUCAUGGCUGACUGUGAAUACUAAAUUUGUACAAUGGCAUCUGAAACCAGGGCUGUAGCAAGGAAUUCUGGGCCCCUUACCUAUUAAUUUUUUUUUAAAUUCAGUGUUGAAUUUGUUGUGGGCCUCCCUGGACAUUUGGGCCCCAAAUACAAAAGUUACUAAGUGUACCUUUAAAUUGAGAGCAGCACUUAAUUUAUUUGGCUGUCUCACUUGCUCACCAGUGUCCUCUAUGAUUGUGGAGGUGAAUCUCUUUUUCUGGCCAGUGCUUCUGGAACUGUCAAUGAUUCUGUCCUUUCUUCUCUCUCUAUGGCUACAGGUUCCUGAUUGGAUGAAUGGGGUUCUGUGGUGUUAGGUGGAACGGGACUCAUUGCUGCGGGUCUGUUAGUGGGGACAUUGGGGGAGGGGGCAUUAAGACCGGGGUGAGACUUUAGGGCUGUGUUGGGGCAGGUUGCAUGUUUGCAUGCUGUUUCAUGAGUAUUAACAUCAUUCCAUUGCAGCAAUGUUCCAGGGAUAACAGGCUGUGCAGGGAGGGAGGGGCAAACGGGAAAGAUGCCCCUGAGCAAUAAUGAAGUCGGAACAGAGUUGUGCGAAACCCAAUGGGUGUUGUUACCUGGCAUUAACAUUAGCGCUCCAUUUCAACAGUCAUUGGAAUGUUUUCCUAUGCCAUCUUAUGUGUUCUUACCCUGCACCUGCAUGAUCUACAGCCAUUUGUUCCUCACUCUGUCUUGACCAAUUGGCCCCUUAAUAGGAUUUAACCACUUAUUCCAUUUGCCGCUAAUAUCUAAACACUUCUGUGAUUUGUCUUGUUUGUAUGUCUGUUUUGGUUUACUUUUAAAUUCCGUCAUUGAUGCAUUCCAUCAUGAAUGUUAUGUUAACCAUCCUGUGCAAGUCCUUGUCAAAAGCAUGACCAAUCAGAGAAGAGGAAGCAUGAGACUUACGGUAGCCAAGGCAACAUUGCCCACAGUAACAUGACCCCACCCCCCACCCCACGAAGUAGCCAGGUGCUGUUCUACAUUUGACCAGCAGGGGGAGCCAUACACCAUAUAAAACAUGCAGUGAAAACACCAACGAAGAUCUUUGAACAUCAACCCUUCAUGCCAACAUGCACCUGAAUCUCUGCCUGAAUUUCAGGUCUCUGAAUGGUAACUAAAAGCCUACAGGGGUCUAUCUGCCUCUAUACGCCCAAAAAACCUCCUUGUUCUUGGGCUGCCAGCUUUCUGCGUCGCUUGAUUUAUUUUUUCUCCAGCAGAUAUCAACAAACAUGCUGUGGUACCAUCACUGCCCUCCAACAAGGGGCCACACGUCUCCAAAAUCCGAUCUCAAGAGCGUGUAUUUGUGAAUGUGAUUCUUACAUAUAAAUCUGUGUAUGCAUAUGGAUGCAUAUAUGCAUAUGUAUAUACCUAGUUAGUUUUUAUUAUUAAACUGUAUGUAUUAACAUUUUUAUGUCAGAAUGAAUGUGUUUUAAUUGUGACUUUUUUAUGGGGUUUUCUAACCAAGCAAAAUUGAGAGAGGUUGCUUUUGAGAACCGUGCCGUUAUGUCCAUGUAACCAGUGCUUUGCUUCUGAACACUAUUGUCAAAUGGACCCUAGUCUUAACUAAUGCACUUUUUACCCUGUUGCAUUUGAAUUGGAAUAUUAGGGAGGGAAUUAUGUCGGAUGUGAAUGCAAGGUUUGGAGCAAAUGUGUUGUACAGUGAGACUAUGGUGACCACUAUAUACUGGGGAUUGUGUUGGAGCAAGAGAAACUGAGAAAUAAAUACUUGUCUGUUUGUCUCGUUCAUCCUGACUUGCUUGUUUCAUGACUGAUCUGAUAUGUGUAUCAAUUUAUUGAACACAGUGGUACAUGUACUGUAGGAAUGGCUUCAUGGUGCACUCAAGUGUUUUUUUUUUUUUUUUUUUUAUGAUGUGCAAUUUAGCAGCAGUACAUACAUUACGCAGCAUAAAUGAGUAUACCCCGUCUGAAACCUAAAAAAUUCAGCUCUUUCAAUUUACAAAUAAAAUAUAUUUGAUGUUCAUGUGUAAUGUAAUGUUUAAGCAAAUCUGGUUUAUCAUACUAAUGAAAUAUGUCAAUAUUAAACAAGAAAAAAUUAUUUUCUUAUCAAAAUGAUAAAAGACCAUGUUGCAGAAAUGAGCACACCCUUCUGAAAGUUACAAUAUAAAACUUAAUGUUUUCUAGAACUAGUUGAGAGACAUUGAUCAGCAGAUUAUUCUUUUGAACUACCACACUCAAAUAGAGACAAUUGGUUAAAUUGUAAGUGUUACUUAACCCAUUAAAUCACUCUCAGAAUCAGUGCUGACAACAAAUGGACCACAUGGAGAAAUGUCAAGUAAACGAAUAAAGAAAAUGAUUUAUUUGCACAAAAGGGGACAAUGGUACAAGAGUAUUAGCAAAUCACUGUUAUUGAGUAAAAACACUGUAGCAAAAUUGACAGGUAUUCAAAAAGGAUGGACUUGUGACAAGAUUCCUGAAAUGUUCAGACCAGCACUGUAAGCUUUCACCUCAUGAUGAGCGUUUUUUUUUGUUUGUUUUUUUAAUAUAACAAUUGCCAAGCAUGUGCCUCAAAUCUGGCAAAAGCUGUGGGAAGCCAAACUAGAGUGACUGUUUCAUCUCACACAAUAAGACACUAUGCAAAGAAGUGGAAUGCAUGGUUGUCAUCCAUGCAUGAUGGCACUGCUGAACCCAAAGCAUAAAGAAGCUUGUUUACCCUUUGCUAAGGCCCAUGCUGAUAAAGGUGCAGACCUUUGAGAGUCUUUAAGCUGGUCUCAUGAGCCAAAGUCUUUUUAUUUAUUUUUUAUUUGAUGGAAUCCAAAAUACAUGGUAUCACAUGGGGAGGAGUACAGUGGGAAUUACAUGGUACCCACAUUAAUGUACUUUACAGUGGUGGUGAAGUUCUUAUAUGGGGAUUUAUGAGUGCUGAAGGUGUGGGGGAAUAGCACUUCAUCAAUGGCAUCAUGAAUUUACAGAUGUUCUGCAAAAUCUUAAAAA